AUAAGCUUGUAAAAAAAAAAAUGUGGAAAAUAUGGCAAAUGGCGCUGUGGCUGGCGCUUUAUAUAAAGCUGAGCACAGCCAACUGUCCUGUGUUUCUAAGCAUAUCGGUUAUGGGCAAAACGCUAAUCGACAGCUGUUUGGAGUUGAACUGGGGUCCCGAUUGCUAUGAGCCACCCGAGUGGGUGGGCAUCUAUCGCACAGAUCCCUCAGUGUCCAAUCUGUUGCCAGAGCUACGCAUGGAUGGCAUACAGAAUCGCACAGGCAGACUUCAGACGCAUAUAAAGCUGGGCAAGCUGCACUUUCCUGGUGGCUGGGAGAAACAGGAUGUGCAUGAGCAGCUGGUGCCCACCAAAUAUGCCAAGGGCAAGUGCUUGCCCUACUAUGUGGCCAGCUACAGAGGCAACGAGCUGCUGACAGUGGAUUGUCUUAAGAUACAGCCGAAUUGGCUGGGCCAGCUUAAGGGCAUAGCCGAGCUGCCCAUCAAGCAUUUAUUUCUGCCUGGCACACAUGCUUCGGGCGCCUUCAUAAUUAACUAUAGCAAAACCAAGUCGCUGCUGGUCAAGGAUUAUCUAGUGGCGCAGCAUUUCGAUGUGUGGUCACAGCUUGUGUUUGGCAUACGCUACUUGGACUUGAGUGUGGGCUUUAAGCAUCUGGACAGCAGCAGCGAAGCGGAUAACUUUUGGCUGGUGAAUGAGAACAUGUUUAUUAAUCCUUUGGUGGAUGUGCUACGUGAUGUGCGUCGCUUUGUGCAGCGCUCUGGCGAGCUAGUCAUACUUGACUUUAGCUCCUUUCCCAUUGGUUUCUACAAGCAUCCCGAAGUCUAUAGCAGUCUCUUUCAUCUCAUACGCCAGGAGCUGGGCGACGUUGCCUAUGAACGUAAUGUGAGCAUCAAUGAGCAUUGCUAUGAACGCUGCUAUAUGGAUUUCAAGCUAGCCGAGCGUCCUUUGCUCAUUUUGUUUCCCACACAGGAGCUGCCGCAUCCUGAAAACGAAUCACUGCUGCUUUGCAAUCCUUGGAAACGUUUUAGCACCAGUUAUAUGAAUAUUUCACAAACCUUGGACUAUAUGCGCUUGCUUUUCAGCAAGAAAAAGGAUUCACCUGUACAGGAUGAGGGUUGGAUUUUCCAUGCAAUCAGCAGCAUUGAGCAAACUUUAAAUUCCCACAAACUACAAACUGCGAAGGAACGCGCUGCGCUUAUUAAUCCCAAAAUCAAUCAGUGGCUCAAGGGUCCGUGGGGUCUGAAUGCCAAUAUUGUAGCUUUGGAUUAUUUCAGCAAUACGAAUAUUAUCGAUGUGGUCAUAACGGCAAAUACGCACAAGGCUUUUCUAGCCUCCAAGCAGAAGUAUAUUAAUUUAGAAAUAUUAGAAUAAGUUUGCACAAUGUAAAAAGCUGUUAAGAGUAUACAUUUGAAAUAGUUUUGGAAGCACUGUAAGCAUUUGACAUGCAUUGGCCGUAAAUGUUAGCUCACUACAGCUGUUAGCUCACUGUAGAUGUUAACUCGCUGUGUACUGCUGUUAAUAUAAAUGAACGCUAGAUGGCUUUUAUGAAAGUUCAUUUAAAAUUAUUUUCAUUUGAAUU